AAGAUAUAUAAGGUAGUUUGACAGUGAGUGUGUUGUUGUGUAGCCGCCUAGAGUCCCUCUCAAACCAUGGGAACAAAACAGACUCACAUCCAUGAAGUCAAGCAGACCGGCUUCCUGCUGGGAGCCGUCAUGCUCUCGGUCCUGCUGUGCGGCCCGCAGCUUGUGGCCUCAGACUCAGAUGAGCUGCACCUGACUGAGUGGGAGAUCUGGAAGAGCCGCCAUGGCAUAUCCUAUGACGAUAUGGAUGAUAUGCAAAGGCAGGUCAUCUGGGAGGAGAACAAACAGAUGAUUGAAAAUAAUAACCAAGGGUUUUUCAUGGGGAGGAGGCCAUUCACUAUGUCCAUGAAUAAAUACGGAGACCUGACUAGACAAGAGUACCGGGUUUUGCAAGGUGCCGUGAUAGACUCCCAAUUUGUGAAGAGAGGGAAGACCGUCUCGAGCCGAAACCUGCGCAACAAUGCUAAGAAGUUGGAUGCUUUGGUCGUCGACUACAGAAACAUGGGAUAUGUCACUGAGGUGAAAGACCAGGGUUACUGUGGCUCGUGCUGGGCCUUCAGCACUACUGGAGCUAUUGAGGGACAAAUGUACAAGAGGACAGGUCAGCUUGUGUCUUUGAGUGAACAAAACCUGGUGGACUGCUCUAGAUCUUAUGGUACUUAUGGCUGCAAUGGUGCAUGGAUGGCCAACGCCUAUGACUACGUGAUUAAAAAUGGCCUGCAGACGACAAACUCCUACCCUUACACCUCAGUGGACACCCAGCCCUGUUACUAUGAUAGCAGACUUGCAGUGGCACACAUCAAGGACUACAGGUUCAUACCCAAAGGAGACGAGCAGGCUCUAGCUGAUGCUGUGGCGACUAUCGGCCCAAUCACAGUCGCCAUUGACGCAGAUCAUUCAAGCUUCUUGUUCUACAGCUCAGGAAUUUACGAUGAACCCGCCUGUAACCCUAACAAUCUGAGUCACGCGGUGCUUCUGGUGGGCUACGGCUCUGACGGAGGCCAGGACUACUGGAUCAUCAAAAACAGUUGGGGUAGCAGUUGGGGUGAAGGCGGCUACAUGCGAGUGGUCAGAAAUGGCGGAAACACUUGUGGCAUCGCGAGCUACGCCUUGUACCCUAUUCUUUGAUUCUGAUGAUGAGAGGAUUUUGUGCUAAUAUUGAACUUUCCCACUGGACUUUUUGUGUUUUUUAUCUGCAUUAUGAACCUUUCCUACACUUUGCUUUUCUCAGGGAUGUGGCACACACACCAAUUUGUGGACAGAUAUUUUAUUUAUUGAUUAGCCUCAACACCAAAUCUAAAAAACAUUUUAAAUAAGGAAAUAAAGUGGGAACACUUUCUUCUACUUAGAACCGUAUAAGACAAUGGUGGCUUAUUCUAGAAAAUGUUAAACAUUACUGAAUCAGAUCACUGACUUAUGAUUUUUCUCAAUUUUAUCUACUGUCAAGGAAGAUUUGCAUUUUAGCUAUCCGAUAAUUUACGCUCAUAACAGGGUUCAUCAUUUAGUUUUCAUAGAGUCUUAUGUUCUUGAUGAAAUAAGGUGGGAGAUUCAACCUAUUGACCCUGGGUAAUAUACAUCGCUGAGAACAUAAAAGCCUUUGGAAUAUUUCCUCAUUGCGUCAUAUUAUGAAGGGAUUAAACUGGGGAACAUAGUUUUGUAAUUGGGUUUCAAAUACUCAGUUAAUACUUUGUAAGAGUCAAAAUGUGCUUUGUUUAAGGAUAUAACAUUUUGAAUGGUAAACGCAUCUCUCAGUUUUUUGUUUACAGUAACACCUAUAUUGACAUAUAAUUACAUAUUUAGAACAGGAGGGAUGAAGGGGUGACUCAAUUUUAAACUCAACUUCAAAUUGAAUGUGUUCGAGAAAUAAAAUGGUGCUUUGUAUUUUCAAUGCAAUAAAUGUUUAAUUUGAUUUGUUUUCAAAGAUUUUUAACAACUUCUUAUCGUUUUUAUACUGGAUCAACUAAAUGUCUUAACU